AACAAAACAUAAAAAGUUUGACAACCGCAGUUGCUUUAUUGUUUAUUUACUAGAAAAAUAGGUUAGACUGAUCAGCUGGGCGAUCGAAUUGCUAGCAGUGUCUUAGAGCUCUAUGCCUGAACAGUCUCAAAACUAAAUUAAUAAAAUGGAAUCACGAGGAGAGACUUCUGAACUGCAGCAGUUGGUUUCAAGUGAUGUGGAAAACGAUGACAGCACAAUUCAAGAAGAUCCCACAGAUACAACAGAGUGCAAAGUCAUAUCGCCCAUUAGAAGUGCCAAAUUUUCCUCGUCUGGAAAUACUAGCCAUAGUUCAAUAACAAGAUCCCAUGGCAAGGGGGGCCAUACAGCUCCUGCUUUUGGCAGUUCCAAAAUAGCUUUCAUCAAUGAAAAAAAAUCAUCCAGGGAACCUGUAAAACCUACAGCCGGAAGACCUAGAAAUCCUCACAAAGCAUGUGUAGAACCGCCUAAAACAGAUAUCCACCACCAUUCUUUUCUAUCGCAAGUUCCCGAUGUGCGCCACAUGGAAAGAGCCUUAUUGGGAUUACUGGCCGAUUUUCAUUCUGGAAAAUUGAGGGCAUUUGGAGGAGGCUGUACAAUGGAACAAAUGACUAAUAUUCGAGAACAACAAGAGAGACUAGCAAAGCUUCAUUUUGAUUUAGGGGGAGCUGCAACCGUGCCCUCUUUAACAGAUGAGAGUUUGAAAAAGUCGCAAAAUACCAUGAGUCAAUUAAUUCAAAGACUUGAACAGCUUAGUGUGUCUAUUGAAGCGCUACAUAGUAAUUCUAAUAAAUAAAACAUUGUAUUUUUAAGUUGGGAUAAGUGAUUAUUAAAACUAUCAAGUUGGAUGGUGAUAAGCAGAAAAUAAUAUACAUUCAGUUGUAAAA